AAUAUUUCAGUUUAAACCCUCUUCCUCUUUAGCGAGGCUGCGGUCUCUGAAGAAGGAGAAGAAGAAGAGCUCAUUUCCAUACGACCUUUCUUCUCUCUUCAACAGAGCCAGCAUUUAACUGAACCACACCAUGCAAUCCAACGAACCAGCCACUUCCAUGGAGGUUGAAAAUGUUUUAUCGGAACCAAAUCCCACAUCUGGGACUUUUCCAUCAAAGCCAAAGUUUGAGCCUCUAAAGGCUCAUGAGAUGUCUGAAGGCCGAGUUCAGUUUCGGAAGGUCUCCGUUCCACCCCAUCGAUAUACUCCUCUGAAGAAAGCAUGGAUGGAAAUCUAUACUCCAAUAUAUGAGCAGAUGAAAAUAGACAUUCGAAUGAAUCUCAAAGCUCGCAAAGUUGAAUUGAAAACCAGGGCAGACACUCCUGACAUUAGCAACUUGCAGAAGUGCACUGAUUUUGUCCAUGCUUUUAUGCUAGGGUUUGGUGUGGUAGAUGCCAUUGCCCUCUUGCGUCUGGAUGAGCUUUACGUAGAAUCUUUUGAGAUCAAAGAUGUUAAAACUCUUCGAGGUGAGCACCUGUCUCGUGCCAUAGGAAGACUGUCUGGUAAAGGAGGCAAAACAAAGUUUGCAAUUGAGAAUGCUACAAGGACGAGGAUUGUAAUUGCGGACACCAAGAUUCACAUAUUAGGAUCUUUUUCCAACAUUAAAAUUGCAAGAGAUUCUCUUUGUAGCCUCAUUUUAGGGUCCCCUGCUGGAAAGGUAUAUUCAAAACUCAGAGCAGUUACUGCUAGACUUGCUGAGAGGUUUUGAUCUUUCAUUUCUGUUGUUGUUUUGAGGCUUUGUUUUGAGUUUUCGAUUUUGGAAGGUUUGCAUUAAAGAUUAGAAGGCAGAGUGAGCUCAGUGGGAAAUUUUCCGCAUCUGGGGUUGUGUCAAAUAUUGAGAUUAGACCAUUGUAGAGAGAUUUUAUUCACUUUUCAUGUGUUUAAUUUUUUCUAAUUCCUAUAAACGAUCUAAACUAAACUAUUGAUGCUUGGAUUCUGGUGGAUUCCCUCA